CGGAAUGUUUUGGCUUCGAUUUCAACGGCCUUCCAGGGGUACGCCAGACGGUGAUGUGAUGAGCGUGAUAUACGACCGUGAUCCGUGCGGACUGGAAGUGCGAAUACCGGAAGACGGGCUGGAAGUAUGGGCUCCUGACGUGGGAGGACUGGAGGUCUCAACUCCCGUACAGGUUGAACAGGCGCUGGAAGCAUUUCGCGGCUGCGACGAUUUGGAGGCUGUAGAUCCCGGCGCAAAUGCCUUUGUUAGGGUCAAUACCGACAGCUUCAUCGAGAAACAUGAACAAACUCCACCGGAUAACAAGUCGAGAAAGAAGCAAUGGCUCAUCUUCGUUCUAGCAGGCGUCGCUCUGCUGUUUGUCAUCGUGGCAGCCGUGCUUGGCAUCGUCCUUGGGUUGCGACUCAACAACAACAACAUCAAGACUCCUUCAGAAACACCACAGGCCUCCGCUACACCUCCAGCUACGUCUUCGAAACCGGCCAAUGCCGUCUACGCAACCUCAGGCAUCGGUGUCACCGGCUGGUGGACAGGCCCGUCAAGCUUCACCAUCCGCCUCGUAUACCAAGGAUCAGACGGCUACCUGCGUCUGAUGCGAUACCAUUCCGGCGAUGGCAACUGGUCCACGCUGGCCACAUUCUCGGAUACAAACGCCAAACUCGGCAGCCCAAUAGCAGCAUCGAGCUACAACAUCCCCUACUAUUGCUUCACUCCGAUAACAAGCAGUGAUGUGAGAGAGCCCCCAUCAUUUUGCACUUUGCCAUGUGUGCUCAACUAACACAACUGGGCCGGAGAGCUCAAAUCGUUUUAGAACUUCACACAAGUCGAAAUCUUCUAUCUCAACAACGAAAACAUGCUCCAAGAGUGGAACUUUCGAGAACAAGACUCCGCCUCCCCCUCAGCGCAAACCUUUUCCGGCAGCGGCCCCAUGUCCCCCAACGGGUGGAAAGCGUCGCCAAACACACGCCUCGCGGCAUACUGGCCCAGCGUCAUCUUCCAAGACGCGAACAACCAGAUCCAAGAAGCGUACGACGCCAAUCUCACCUGGGCGCGGAGCGCAAAGGGCCUCAAGAGCCGCAACGGCUCGGCUUUGGCAGAGGUGCCUUUUUCCGUCAACGAGGGGAGGUUCGGAGGCGACAAGAUUCUCUAUCAGCGGGAUGACCAGAAGCUCAUUCUCGAGGGGAGAACCAACCUGACCAAUAAGUUGAGCGUCGGUGAGUCCUUGUUCUAUCAAAUCUAUUCCAAAUUA